AUGGGCGUCAAGUCAGCCAUCGCAGAAGCAGACGUGUCUCCGGACCUGUCCAUCGAGCAGGAUGGCUACAACGAACUCCCCCAGCUGAGGAACACUACAGAGCGCAAGUUGAUGGCCAAGAUCGAUCUCUACAUCCUGCCAAUGCUUAGCAUCCUCUACCUGCUCGCCUUUUUAGACAGAGUAAACAUCGGAAACGCGGUCAUCUUCGGGCUCAAGAAGGAUCUGGGAAUCACCUCGGGGACUCAGUACAACACAGCCUUGACCAUCUUCUUCGUCCCUUACGUCUUGUUCGAGAUUCCGUCGAAUUUGCUGCUCAAGAAGUUCAAGCCGCACGUAUGGCUGUCGCUAUGCAUGUUCGCCUUCGGACUCAUUACCUGCCUGCAGGGAAUCACCACCAACUAUGCUGGCAUUCUCGCGACUCGCUUCUUCCUCGGCCUCGCUGAGACCGGCAUGUUCCCCGGAUGCUUCUACCUGAUGGGCAUGUGGUAUAAGCGAUCUGAAGCCCAGAAGCGAUUCUCCUUCUUUUUCAGCUCCACCACCCUCGCCGGUGCCUUUGGCGGCCUGCUCGCGAGUGGUAUCGGCAAGAUGGGCGGCCUUCGCGGCUACAACGGCUGGAGAUGGCUGUUCAUCCUUGAGGGCGCCUUCACCUGCGUCGUAGCCGCCAUCUGGUUCUUCCUCAUCCCAGAUUUCCCAGAGGACGUCAAGUGGUUGACCGAGGAGGAGCGUGAGUUCAUCAAAGCGAAGCUGGCCAAGGACGUCGGCAAGGCUGGACACGACCAGAGGGUCACAUUCAAGGACGUCGUCUCCAUCGUCGCUGAUCGCUAUGCCUACUUUGCUCCCACAAUCAUCAAGAACUACGGAUACGGACGUGAGUCGACCAUGUAUACACUAUACCUAUACUCCUCCAAGCUAACCCUCAUCCUAGCGAUUGAAACCCAGCUGUACUCCAUUCCACCAUGGGCCGUGGCAUUCGUCUUCGCCAUGCUGAUGGCCUACGUCUCCGAUCGCAUCGGACAUCGAGCCUCCUUCGCCACGCUGCCCAUCGCACUCGCAAUCGCCGGUUUCUCCAUGCUGCUCACCAUUCACGGCAAGGAAAAUAGACAUGCCCAGUACGGCGCCCUCUUCCUCAUCACCUGCGGCACCUACAGCGCCAUGCCAAUCAUAAUAUGCUGGUACGCAAUGAACCUGAGUGGCCAUAAGCGUCGUGCCAUCGGUACCGGGUGGCAGAUCGGCUUUGGAAACAUCGGUGGGAUCAUCGCUACCUACAGCUUCCUUGAGAAAGAUGCCCCUCAAUACAAGCCCGGACAUAGUAUCUCCAUUGCCUUCCUCUGCGUGGCAGUCCUCUCUUCGUGCUUGUACCUUGUCCUUGUUCUGAACCGCAACAAGAAGAGGGAUGCCGUAGGUCCUCCGACACAGUCUCUUGACCAGGAAGACGGAGACCUCGGUGACCUCAGCCCCAACUACAGAUACCAGAUCUAA